AGCUGUUCCCAUGUUCCCAUGCGCAGCUGUCCGUGCGACGGAGUUGAGUUAAAGCCCCCGCCACCACACCACACCAAACCCGCCCCGUCAAUCAGCUACCCCGGGCCGGCGCGGUGGACGGCCGUAUAUAUACCCGGCGCGCACAGCGACAGCCGGAGGCCGCCGACCCGAGAGGAGAGAGACCCAGCGCAGAAAAGGGACGCCGCAAAAGGGCCCCCGGGGACAGCGAGAGGUGUAGGCAGCAGCAGCAGCAGCCAGCGGGGAGGCUGGUUGUGGUUGGUCGUCGCGGGCGGGAUGGAGAGCGAGAUGUCGGACGCGCAGCCCCCGGCGGCUGCGGCGCCCGUCGCCGAGCCGCUCGCCGCCGUGGCGGAGGAGGGGGAGGGGGAGGGGGAGGGCGAGGCGUCCACCCUCACCAUGGAGCGCGUCGCCGCCGCCAAGAAGUUCAUCGAGAACCACUACCGCUCGCACAUGAAGAACAUCCAGGAGCGCAAGGAGAGGCGUUUUAGACUGGAGCGGCAGCUAGCUACUUCUGAAGUUCCCAGGGAGCAGCAAAUCAAUUUAAUAAAAGACCUGGAGAGAAAGGAAACUGAGUACAUGAGACUUAAAAGGCACAAAAUCUGCGUGGAUGACUUUGAGCUGCUCACCAUUAUUGGGAGAGGCGCUUUUGGAGAGGUUCGACUGUGCCGGGAGAAGACCUCUGGCAACAUAUAUGCAAUGAAAAAACUGAAGAAGUCUGAUAUGGUUAUCAGGGGUCAAGUGGAGCAUGUUAGAGCAGAAAGAAACUUGAUGGCUGAAGUUGCUAGUCACUGCACUGUGAAGCUAUACUAUUCUUUCCAAGAUACGGAGUAUCUUUACCUUAUUAUGGAGUACCUCCCUGGCGGUGAUAUCAUGACCCUUCUCAUGAGGGAAGAUACCUUAACUGAACCCGUGGCUCGAUUCUACAUUGCUGAGACCAUCCUUGCUAUUGAGUCCAUUCAUAAGCACAACUACAUCCACAGAGAUAUCAAGCCUGAUAAUCUGCUUCUAGACAAGAAUGGUCACAUGAAGUUGUCGGAUUUUGGGCUGUGCAAACCAAUUGAUUGUUCAAAGCUCUCAACCUUGAGCGAAGAUGAACCCAUGGGCGAUGACAACCUGAAGGAGUCAAUGGAUGUCGACAGUUCACUCUCUGAAACUGCAAAUGGUAGAAGGUGGAGAAGUCAACAUGAACAACUUCAGCACUGGCAGAUGAACAGAAGAAAACUGGCAUUCUCAACUGUUGGAACCCCAGACUAUAUUGCUCCAGAAGUUCUGCUAAAGAAAGGAUAUGGAAUGGAAUGCGAUUGGUGGUCUUUGGGUGCAAUAAUGUAUGAGAUGCUUGUUGGGUAUCCACCAUUUUAUUCCGAUGAUCCAAUAACCACAUGCAGAAAGAUUGUGCACUGGAGAAACCAUGUGAAAUUUCCAGAUGAUUCAAGGCUGUCUCCUGAGGCAAGAGAUCUAAUCUGCCGGUUAUUAUGUGAUGUUGACCACAGGAUUGGUGGUGCAGGGGCUGAUCAAAUAAAGGCCCAUCCUUGGUUCCGUGGAGUUGCAUGGGAUAAACUUUAUGAAAUGGAAGCAGCAUUUAAGCCUCAAGUAAAUGAUGAAUUGGAUACACAAAAUUUCAUGAAGUUUGAUGAGAUGGAUAAUAGCCCUCCAGCAAGAACAGGUUCUGGGCCAUCAAGAAAGGCGAAGCUGAAUUCAAAAGAUCUCAGCUUUGUGGGGUAUACAUACAAAAACUUUGAUGCUGUGAAAGGAUUAAAACAUGCAGAUAUGCAAAGGAGCUCAUCGCUUACAAGGCCCUCUAUUGGUGCUAUAUUCGGAUCAAAUGGCAUGGAGUCAUCGAGAGAACCAAAUGGAAAGGACACACACAUGCACACCUUUUCUUCCGGGGAUCCGAUGAGUCCAUAACCCGGCGUGGUUCUGUUUGUUGCUGAGAUUUUUCUAAACUAAAUUAGCAUGCAAACGACUGAAUGAAGUGGCUUCGUCUGGACAACCUGCUUGUUUUUAGCCAGGUUUCUGCCCUAUUAAAUCGUUGGCGAGCAGUUUGUAGAAAUCCAAGAAAGCUUCUAGCUGUAAAAUAGUAUGCUAAGGACUAGACAAAUGGUCCAUCCACCGGUGGGCUCGUCGUGUUUGGUGUAGCGUGUUCCGACCAAGUGGAGAUGGGCAUGUUUGGGAGGGCUGGCUGCCCAGGUUGGCAGAGCAAAUUGCUGCCUUCUCUUGUGGCAGUUCCUGGUCCACUAACAUUUGAUCAUGGAAGCGAAAUAAGGUGGUAACUGAGGCAGGCUAAGCUAUUGUUGUUGGUGGUGUUUGAUACAUAUGUACCAGAAGAUUUCCAUUCAGAGACAUGGCCCUUGGUCAAUGGUCUCCCGUUGCAGAAAUGCCUAAAUUUUUGUUUACUGUAUUGUUCGCCAGUUAUAUUUGAACAUUGAACAUUUUUGGUGGAA